GUCAUAGAUCUGGAUCUGCCUCCUCUUGUUCCAACACUCUGAUCAGAUUCCUGAAAUAUCGCAGUUGCUGCUUUAUUUGGGUUCUCGACUCAUCGCAAAGUCCUCCAUUGGAGCUACUCCCUGUUGGUGAUGUGAAGCUCCGUUAGUAACUUGGAAACUGUUUACACAGUUCGAUUGAGAUUGCCAGCAUAUUUCCCCACCGAAUCUGGGAGCACGGGAGCACGGUGGGCUGAUCAGUGCUGUACUAUGUUUCACAGAAUGUGGUGAUGAUUCCCUCAGCCCUUGCUGUGUGGUUUGAAGCCAGGCCUGUCAUUAUGUACACCCACACAACCCCUGCUGGAAAACACUCAGUGCUCCAAGACUCCAGUCUGCUCGGCUUAGCUCUGAAAACACUUCCCACACUUGUGUGGGCAGCAGUGCUGCGGACAUAUGAAUAGACGACAACCUUCAUCAAUGUGAAGAGUGAGUAGGAAGUGGCUGUGCUCCAGAUUAACCGUGAAGCAUCCGCUCCCCUCAGCAGCAAAGCAACACCCAGCAUCAGCAGUUUACUUAGGAUCAUCUGGAGGCCAGGUGAACAUUACACCAGAGUACAGAGAUGAUGGCUUGUGAGAACAAAACAGAUCUGUGUGAUCCAACAGAGGCUGGAACAUCAGAGAUUGCAUUUCAGAGUCUCCUGCAGAUCAAUGGCCCUGUGCACCAGCCGGGACUGAUUGGCAUGGCACCUUAUUCUGAUCCUACAAAAUUACCAGAUGGCUCUCCACCUUCUCAACUGAUCUCCCUGCAGCCAAAUCCUUCCCCUUUAUUUCCUCACCAAAUCUUCCAACAGCCAGCUGAACAGAGGUCACCAACAAACACAAAAGAAAUGGGUAAGAGUUCUUACAUUGCUCUUGCCUGCAGUACAUCCGAAAUCCCAGCACCACAAUCCAAGGCAAUCAGUCAGCCUCUCAUCCACAAUGAUCAAGAACCAUCUCAACACUUGCCCCAUAAAGGUGGACCAGGGCUUGAUCCCUCUCCCCAUGGGUCUGGACAAAGACAGUACCAACUGCUGGUGAAUAUGAAUCAGGUCAAGGUGAAAAAGCAGAGUAAGUAUGUGUGUAAUCAUUGUGGGAGAGACUGCUUGAAACCCAGCGUCUUGGAGAAACACAUCCGCUCUCACACCGGAGAACGGCCAUUCCCAUGCACAACUUGUGGGAUUUCCUUUAAAACUCAGAGUAAUCUCUAUAAACAUAAAAGAACACAAACACACGUGAAUAAUUGUCGCCUUUUAACAGGUAGUGAGUCAGGUCCCAGCUCGGCACUGAUCUGUGUGGCUGCUAGAUAUUCAGAUAUAAAUAUUCAACAGGAAGAUGGGCAGAAGGGAAGCACAUCCUAUCAACGUGAGCUGCUAGUACCCAAAUCCAACAACAUGGACCUUUUAGGUAACCAGGGCUUCCCAAACAUGCCCUGGGACAUGUUUUGGAGCAGGAAUUCCACUACUGAAAAAGGAGAGAAUGAGGUAAUUGAUGGAGAGAAACAGGGUGCCCAGCAACAGGAAGCACCGACUGGAAACAAGCAGAUUUCUUUACAGAGACAACAGGCAACAUAUUUUGCUAAACAGUGGAUCAACAAGUCUUCAAGUUCUAGUGUACAAACAAACGAAAGUACAGACUCUGGAUACUUUUCCCAUUCGGACAGUUCUGACCAACAGUCAUGUUCCUUGGGUUCUGUGUGGGGUUUUCAAGGGCAGAGCACUGAUACUGAACCAGGGAGAGCCUCUCAGUCCAGUCAGAGCUUGGUUAGUGCUGAGCAGAGUGCUGGUGGACUGUCCACAGGGGAGAAUGCUGUGCAAGGAAUGGACAGGAACCAACUUGGGAAACUGGAGCUGGGAGAACGAAUCUCAAAACUGAUCUCUGAUAAUAAGGCUGUUGUUGAUGACAAACAGUUAGAAAAUGUGAGGCCAAGAAAGAUGGCUAUUUCGAAACAGGGGAGCAUUGAUUUGCCAAUGCCUUAUACUUUCAAGGAUUCCUUUCAUUUUGACAUGAAGUCUAGCCACGUCAGUAAGAGAUCAAACCUUUCGUCCAGCUUACCAAAGGCCAUUCCAUCAUCUUCUGGCAAAUUACAGCAAACAUUCCUCUCAUUACCAUCUCAUCUUGCUCCAACUGUUGAUUGUUUACCAGUUAUAAGAAGUAAUUCGUUGCCACCAGGUGAGUAUAAUGUAUUAUCCAAUAAAAUGGCCAAAGUUUUAAGCUAUGGACCAGAGAAGCAUUGCACACAGAGGACGUCCUCUGCUGCAUUUCGCACUGAGAACUCACUGUCUAGAUCAUUAGACUUCCAUCCCUCACACCAUCGAACUCUGGUCAGGCAAACAGCACUUGAGGACUCACAGACAAGUGUUCCUAUUGUGGAUGGGUCCUCCACUGCUGGAGAAAGAAUCUCCAAUGUCACUGAAUUUUGUCCAGUGUCAAGAAGCAAGCACAAAUGCUUAGAAAAGAGAAACAGCCAGAAAAAGCUGACCAAGUUCUCACAUGAAAAGUGGUCCAUGUACGGGGAAGAGACGUUCAGAAAGAAAUAUCAGGCAGUAAAGAGAACCAGCAGUGCCAUGCCUAUGCUGCAAUGUGGCAACCAAGUCACACAGAUUUCCACAAUAAACUGUGCCAACCAUACUGUGGCACAGGACAGGGUGAUCACUGUCCUCUCUGAGAAUCAACACACCAGCUCACUGGCCACUUCCUCAAUCCAUAAAACCCCUGUUAGAAAGCACCUUUCGGAUCCAUUGAUUUUUGGUCCAGUGAAGGUUACAACUUUCAACAAUCAGAUGUUUCAAGCACAGUUUUUACCGAGGAAUUUUGACAAUUCUUCAUUCAAACAGACAAAUCCAGAUCCUUGUCGUAGUGCAGACAAAACCACAACACCGCUGAUCCAGGAACUGCCUGUUAUCACAACCUCCAGUUCAGACGAGCCGCCGAAUACAGAUGAAAGGUCAGGCAACACAAAUUCAGCAGGUGCAGUGCAAGAAACUACUGACUGCACAACAAAGGGUCUCCCUCUGCUCCAACCAUCAUCUGUACCAAGCCUGCAAAAAGAGAAAGAUCAUAAAAGAUCAAUACAGAGGCAUUUCUCACACCCCAAGCUGGUGAGGCAACUCAGUGUUCAAGUUCCAGAAAAUAAAGCUGUACAAGAGUCAAUCAAAGUAAAAAGUCAGCAAGAAAAUCAGCCUGAAGAAUAUAUUGACACUAACAAUGGUGUCUCAAAGCUUUCACCAGCAAAACCUCCCAAAAAGAAACAAAGACUGAAAUUAGUUAAUAUUGAAAAUCCAACUGAGGAUCUACAGUUUGACUCCAAUUUACCAGGCGUGAUUGUUCUGAGUCAGUCAUUUCCAUUUGUUGGCACUCUGACCUCAAAUGGUGGCCAUGGGCACCUCCAGAGUACCAACUCACCAAAGCAGCCAUCACCAACUGUUUCCAUCAGCUUCAUUGACUUUGAGCAGGCAUUAUCCAAUCAGUCAAAGUCUUGUCCUGAGUCAGUAGCAACUUCAUCCACAUUCCUUCCUCAAUUCUUGCCUUCAGAUUCAGAGGCCAAGGCAGAAAUAAUGGAGGACAGUGGGGGCGUUGUUCAGCCGAAUGGUUUUCCAUUGAUAUCGGACACUGUUGGAAGUCAGGCAAACCAUCCGAACAAGGUUUUCCGUAUGGAAUCUCACAUGAUCCAAUGUGUUACACCAGUACCUCUUCAGGUAAAAGAUCCCUAUUUACAAAAGCAUCAUUUUCUUCCGAAAUAUCAACUCAAAUGGCCCAAGAUGGAGCUGAUCAGACUGCCCUCUGCAUUGGCUACACAAACUAUAGUGCAUGAGGAGACAAGUGAAGGUGAUUCUCAAACUUCACAGUGGAACAGGCCGAAGCCAUCCCAUCAUGACCAGCAGACACCACAUCCAACACUGCAGCCAUCAUUCAACGAAGUGCAGAAAACGGAGGGAUGUGAAUUGGUUCAACACACCCACACUGUCUCUGCAGGUAGUCAGCUUCCAUCAGCUAUACAUACAACAGCUGUUGUCACUAAUCUUAUUCAUUUAAUGAACAAAAGAUUCCAGUGGUCUAUUUGCAGCCAACCUGGUGGCAAGCUUCACGAUGUACACUGGCCAGCAGCUAAUAGUCUCCACAGAGGCCGAUGGGCUCCUGUUUCUAAUCUUGCUCAUUCAUUGCUGGGGCAAUGUCAACAGGGUGCCAGCAAUGUUAAACUGAAUGGAGAACUGGAUUGGUCAAACGUUACUGGAUCUGGAUGUCAGCAAAUCAAGUGUACUUCAGGUGGAGAGAGAUACCAAAACUGGGUGCAGUGCAGGUCAAGGAGGGAGCCAAAUAUUCCACUGACUGAGGUCAACUCUGACAAUUCCUCCUUCCAGAAGAUGACCACUCAGCCUGAGCUCACCUGGUGUUACCUGAGGAAGACUGUACCCUUACAUACCCAGCAGAAGGACAGAUCCACUUCUGUAUAUGCCACUUGGGGAACCUGUGAAAAUGCCUCUGAUAGACCAAGCUUGGCACUGAAGGACACCGUCAUUGUGGACAGACUCCAGCAGAAAGGCAGAGACACCAGUGCUCAAUCAGUAAGUACACAUCCAAAUGCUUCUUUGGAGGUUCAUAUUGUAUUGAUCCCCUUGUUCUGUUUACUUGCAUCAUCGAUUGUUAAGACUCCCCUCAGAGAUCCCGUCCUUCUCUGCUAUGUGGCCUCAAUCUUCUCUGGAGAUACAAACAAGACAUAA